UCUAUUCAUUCUGAUCAGUCUGACGUGUUAAUGGUGGAUGUGGCAACAAGUUUGCCUGUGUUUUCCAAGGAGGUACUCAGCUCAGAGGCUGCUGAAGAUGCCGCGGCGGCCACUCCUGCUGUGUAUUCUGCAGAGGUGGUGGCCCUGCAGGUUCUGAGCCAAACAUCUGUCCGUGUAGAUUUGGGUUCUGAAUCUAAAGACGAUCACGCUGAGCCAUCAACGGCUUCCUCAUUCCCCUUGCAGGAUGAACAAGACCCUCCUGCUUACGAUCAAGCUCCUGAGGUCCAUUUGCAGGCUGAUAUUGAGGUCACAUCAUUCGUUCAUAUAUCCUCUAUCUAUAACGAUGAGCCUGUGACUGAAGGAGUCACUUACGUCGAGCAAAUACCAGAGCACAUAGUUAUCCCUUUCACUGAUGACGUUGCUACUCUUAAAGAAAAUGAUCAGUCAUCACCCUCUGGUCCCAUUGCUGUAGCACUCAUGAGGGGCUCAGGCAAAGCCGUAGGUUCUGGAAAACGUGCACAGUCGGAGGAGGACGCAGAAUAUUCCUCGGUGCAAAUGGAGGCAGAAGCAGUUCUGUACUCCAACACCUCCCUGCAAGGUCCGCCUGCACAACUCCAGGAUGCAGAGGGCUCUACCAAUGCAGUAGGCUCUGAAAAAUCUUUGCACCUUGAAAUGGAGUUUACUGCUCUAGUCCCUGGCAAUCCUGGGCAGGAGGAAUCCGGGGAAAACUCUGCCACCCAGGAGAUGGAGGCCACACUUGCGCUCUCUGGGGAAGCUGCCAAAGCAGGGAGCUUGGGUGCACCUGUAAGGUCAUCUGGUGGUCCCCCCAUUCCUGUUCCAGAAGGUCUUACUGAGCCAGAAAUCGAACCAGAGAGGGAAGCAGCACCCGAACAAGGUUUGAUGGAGCCAGCCAUAGCAGCAAGCGAAGCAGGACCACCACCACCAUAUUCUAACAUGUGGACCCUUUAUUGUCUAACUGAUAUGAAUCAACAAAGUCGCCCAUCACCGCCACCUGCACCUGUGCCUUUCCCCCAAGCAACCCUCUAUUUAUCUAAUCCUAAGGAUCCACAGUUUCUGCAGCAGCCACCGAAAGUUACUUCUCCAACUUACGUGAUGCUGGACGACAGCAAGAAGACCAGUGCCCCACCUUUUAUUUUAGUAGGCUCAAAUGUUCAGGAAGCUCAGGAUUGGAAACCUCUUCCUGGACAUGCUGUUGUUUCUCAGUCAGAUGCCUUGAAGAGAUACACUGCAGUCCAAGUACCCAUCGCUGUUCCUGCAGAUCAGAAAUUCCAGAAACAUACCCCAAACCCCCAGAAUGGUAGUCCUCCGCCAAGUGGACAAGAUGUCCCCAGGCCACAAAGCCCAGUUUUUCUCUCUGUCGCAUUCCCAGAAGAUGUAGCCAAAAAAGGUUCAGGAUCUGGUGACAAACGUACCCCCUGUGGAAGUUAUGGUAUUGCUGGAGAGAUAACUGUGACCACCGCCCAUGUCCGCAGAGCAGAAACUGGGAACUGGUAGAUGCCAGUAGUGACGCCAUUUGAGUCAACGUUGAAGGUGGAGUCUGCCACCCCGUGUAAUUUGUCAAUAAACUUCAUGCAAGCAUAAA